AGAAAUAAGUCAUCUCUGCAAUCUUUGCACCCCUCAAAAAAAACAAAAAAAAAACAUAUUUGCGUCACCUUCCAUGGUCGCCGGUGCCCUAGCAGCUUCGAAUUCGUUCCAGUUCCACUUCUAUGUUCUCCUUCGCUGCUUCAUCUUCAGGAAAAAUGCCAUUUUAUGUUGGGCGAUUAGGAAGAGCCUUGUGUUGCCCGUUUGGAUUUGCAACUUGUUGGAGGAGACCCAUCUGUAAUUCUGUGUCGAAAGCUUAUAGUGCUGGAUAUCCUGACCUUCGUCGUUCGAAUAAGGAUAUAUCUCAGCUGAUCCGAUUAGGUCGGUUCAGUGAAGCGCGGUCACUGUUUGAUAGAAUGUCGGUAAGAAACACCAUAACCUGGAAUUCGAUGAUGAGUGGGUAUGUUAAGAACAGAGAGAUCUUGAAAGCGCGUAGGUUAUUUGAUGAAAUGCCCGAAAGUGAUAAAGAUGUUGUGUCGUGGAAUUUGAUGAUAUCAGGUUAUGUUUCUUGCCGUGGGGGUGGGAUGAGAUAUGUUGAGGAGGGAGAGCGUCUGUUUAAUCAGAUGCUCAAAAGAGAUUCGGUUUCUUGGAACACUAUGAUAAGUGGUUAUGCUCGGAUUGGGAGAAUGGAUGAUGCUAUACGCCUUUUUAAAGGAAUGACAGAGAGGGAUGUUAUCACUUGGAAUGCAAUGGUGACUGGCUUUCUACAAAAUGGUCAUGCUGAUAAUGCUAUUGAGUGGUUUAGAACAAUGCCGAAAAGGGAUGCAUCUUCUUUUAGUGCACUUAUAUCGGGGUUGAUUCGAAUUGACGAGUGGGGUAAGGCAAAGGAAAUUUUGCUGGAAUAUAGGGAAAGAGUUGACCAAGAGAAGGAAAAUCUUGUCCAGGCAUAUAAUACUUUGAUUGCAGGGUAUGGACAAAAAGGAAGAGUUGAUGAAGCGCGAAGUCUUUUUGAUCAAAUGUCAUAUUAUCCACAGGGAAGAACCAGAGAAAGUAUGGGAUUAGAGAGAAAUGUAGUGUCAUGGAAUGCUAUGAUCAUGUCUUAUAUCAAAGUCGGUGAUCUCAUUUCUGCUAGACAAUUUUUCAAUAAAAUGGUAGACCGUGAUACAUUUUCGUGGAAUACUAUGAUUAGCGGUUAUGUUCAAGUUUCAGAUAUGGAGCAAGCAGCUGAACUCUUUUCACAAAUGCCAAACACUGAUGUAAUGUCAUGGAAUAUGAUGGUGUCAGGCUAUGCUCAAAAUGGAAACUUAGAAUCUGCUCUUGAUUUCUUCAGCAAGACACCACAGAGAAAUUUGGUGUCUUGGAAUUCUGUAAUUGCAGGAUGUGAUAAGAAUGGAGACUUUGAAGGAGCAAUCAAGUUGUUCAUACAAAUGCAGGCUGAGGAGGUGAAGCCUGAUAAGCACACUCUAUCAUCAGUUCUUAGUGUCUGUACAGGGCUUGCUGUCCUGGAUUUGGGCACACAAAUUCAUCAGCUGCUUACCAAAACCCUUACUGCGGAUCUACCAAUCAAUAAUUCACUUGUUACAAUGUACUCAAGGUGUGGGGCAAUAAACGAGGCCAAGAUCAUGUUUGAUGAAAUGGGGAUGCAGAAGGAUGUUAUCUCCUGGAAUGCAAUUAUAGGUGGAUAUGCAUCUCAUGGAUAUGCAGCAGCAGCUUUACAGCUUUUUGAAGAAAUGAAGAGGCUCAAAGUUAUGCCCACCAUUAUUACAUUUGUAUCAGUCUUGAAUGCUUGUGCCCAUGCUGGCUUAUUGAAAGAAGGUCACAAGUAUUUUGAGUCUAUGCUUUUAGAUUUUGGAAUUGAACCCAAAAUCGAACAUUAUGCUGCACUAAUUGACAAUGUGGGUCGUCAUGGAAACCUACAAGAGGCCAUGGAUUUGAUUCAUAACAUGCCUCACAAACCUGAUAAAACUAUAUGGGGUGCUCUGCUAGGAGCUUGUAGGAUACAUAACAAUGUAGAGCUGGCUCAGAUUGCUUCAGAAGCUCUAUCAAAGCUUGAGCCAGAAAGUUCAGCACCUUACGUAUUGCUUCACAACAUGUUUGCUGACGUGGAACAAUGGGAGGAUGCAAAAAAGGUCAGAAAUACAAUGGAAAUAAAAAAUAUUAAAAAGGGACGAGCAUCUAGUUGGUAUCGUAUAAUAUCUGGAAAGUAUUGCUACUAACUGUUGACUUGUUGAGAGGGAUUUUAAUUUUAUAUCUAGUCGCAGUUAAGUUGUUGCCUUAAAGUAAUGCAGCUAAUCAAGAUGCUUACCAUUUUGGGUGACACAGUUACAAGACAGUAGAAUAUCCGUAUCAUAUGGUUUUCCCUGGGACAAUAUCUAUAUGCUCAAUCUGCAAGUGGGUGGAACGUCAUAAACCUGAGGUUGUUUGGGCUUUAGCUUUUACAAAUCAUAAGCUUUGAGAAGGUGGUCUGAUAGCUAUCAUAUCAAUAGGGAAGAUACUUUCUACUUUACUAUCCCAAGUUCAAUGAACUGGAUGGUGAGGAAGUACUGAACUGUAGAGGUCUUGCAAUGCAGCAAUGUUGCUGAGAUCCAGUUCUGAGCAAAGGAAGUUUCUCAAUCAAGAAGAGAUACAACUUAUUGCUGGAUUCCCUAAAGUAUCAUGGAGGAACAUCACUUGCAAUAAUGAGACACAAAGAAAGGUGUUUUUAUUGCCUGGUUAGCUGUUCAUAACAAGUUAAGCACUGCAGAUACAUUCAGUGAUUGGAAAAUUCCCUGUAAUCUUGUGUGCAGGCUUUGUAAUCAGGCUGCAGAGAGUUUGCAACAUUUUUUCUUUGUUUGGAAGCAUAUUUUACAGUUGUUCGAAAACCUACAAGUUUUGAUGUGGCAAUGGAAGCAGCAGUAGAAAUGAGUAGGAAGACGAAUAGAUACCUGAUGGAUUCAAGCUUAUUUUGCACCGAGGUCAUUUAUAGUGUUUGGCGACAUAUAAACAAUUCAACUUUUGCAACUUAUUUCUUGUUUAAGUUCUUAGAGUAUGAGGUUCUCUUUGAUUUUGUGAGUUUGUGCAGAUGAAUACAGAUGCGUAUAUUAGAAUUUAGGAAUUUGUAAUUGAGGUUGUACGUAUAAAUUAUGUGAAAUCCUUUGGUGAUUUUCAUCAAAUUUAAUUGCCAAUAAAAAAAAAAAGUUAUACAGA